AUGGCUGUUAAAAAUAAUUCCCAGAUUCACUGGGAGAAAUUCAAAGAAAUACGUAACAAAGUCAAUUCAGAACUAACUAAAGCUAAAACAGCAUUUUUCUGUAACAAAUUUGAGAACUGCGCACAAUCGAAAGAUAUGAAACAUAGUUGGAAGUUAAUUAAUAUUCUCUUAGGUAAAAACAAAAAAUCAAAUAAUAUCUCUCAACUUAAAUGUGAUGAUGUUGUGAUUUCAGAUGAUACUUUGAAAGCUGAGGCGUUUAAUGACUUCUUUGUUAACAUCGGGGUAAAUUUGGCUAAUGAAAUUGAGAACGAUUCUCCAUGUACGAACUUUUCAGAUGAUGAAAAUUACCACUCUAACUAUUACUCUAAUAUAAAUUUUAAGUUUUCUGAAAUUAGUAUGGAUGAUAUUAUUUGUCAAUUACGUAAUCUUAAAAUUUCAAAGUCUACCGGUAUUGAUAACAUCCCUGCUAUAGCUCUUAAAUUGUCCGUGGAAGUUAUUGGUCCUUCAUUAACAUGGAUUUAUAAUCUUUCAAUCAAAACUGGGAUAUAUGUUGAUGAAUGGAAAAAGGCGUGGGUAAUGCCAAUUUUUAAAUCUGAUAAUAGACAAAGAUGUGAAAAUUACCGACCGAUAUCUAUAUUGCCUAUUGUCAGUAAAAUACUAGAGAGAUCGGUUUUCAACCAGAUUUAUAAGUUUUUGAAUGAUAAUUCGCUGCUAUCUAAACAUCAAUCUGGCUUUCGGCCUAAGCAUUCAACUUUAACAACACUCAUUCAAAUGUGUGACACACUUUAUGAGAACAUGGAUAAUGGUCAGUUGAGUGGUGUUGUUUUCCUUGAUAUUAGAAAAGCUUUUGAUUCUAUUGAUCAUACAAUCUUAUUGCAAAAGAUGAAUGAUCAAUUUGGAAUAAAAAAUGUGGAACUGGAUUGGUUUAAGUCCUAUCUAACUAAUAGAGAGCAAGCAUGCAUUGUCAACGGUGCAAUGUCAUCACCUAAAACGAUUGUGUGCGGAGUUCCGCAGGGAUCAAUUCUUGGUCCCUUGCUGUUUUUAUUAUAUAUUAAUGAUUUACCCGAAUGCCUCGAAAAAACUUCGCCACACCUAUACGCUGAUGAUACUCAAAUUUCUACUUCUGCCAAAACUAUUGAGGAACUUACUGAAAAUCUAAAUAAUGACCUGAAAAAAGUCG